AUGACAUUGGAGCAGAAGAAUGAGGGUCCUACAGACUUGAAUUCACCUUAUUUGGCCCUUGAAGAGCAAGUGCAUCCACAUGAGCAUGCUGAGUUAUUUGGUAAGGAGAUCAAGCACCAAUGCAAGAUGAGAAAGAACUCAGGCUGGGAGAAUUCUCCUGAUGAGUUUACCCAUCUCAAAUCACUUUUUUCACCCUCUUUCCCUCACUGUAUCAUCAUCAAAGUCCUCAGUAGAGCAUAA